AUGAGGCUACUUGUGGCAUUUCUCUUCUCAGCGUUGGGCUGCGGUCUCGCUGGAGGACAGCUUGUGUCCAAAUGUGACCUAAUGAAGGCGUUUCAGGACCUGACGGAGGACGUAAAGCAGCAAGGACUGACUAUGGACUUAGUGGCUAAGAUUGUGUGUCAUGCGGAGCUUGCGUCGGGUUUUAACACCAGCGCAGUGACUGAGUCGACUCCCAGGGGCGGACAUCACAGUAGGGGGAAGAGGAAUGCGGGCAUGUUCGAACUGGCAAAGUUUGGGGAUCUUACAACACCCCCUGGCCAUGGGCAUCCUCCACCAGCCACCAAACCUCCACCAGCAACCAAGCCUCAACCAGCCACUGAACAUCCACCGCACACAAGGCUUCCACACGUGGUAAGCAUUGACCAUACAACACGCCCCAGCCGGGUGCGACGGCUCGCCGGCCCUGAUUUUGGAAAUCUUAUAACAUCCCCUGGCCAGGGGCAUCCUCCAACAGCCACCAAACCUCCACCAGCCACCAAGUCUCCACCGGCAACCAAACCUCCACCGGCCACCAAACUUCCACCGGCAACCAAACCUCCACCGGCCACCAAACUUCCACCGACAACCAAACCUCCACCAGCCACCAAGGCUCCACCAGCCACCAAACCUCCACUGGCCACUAAGGCUCCCCCGGCAACCAAGGCUCCACCGGCAACCAAGCCUCCACCAGCAACCAAACCUUCACCGAUCACAAGGCUUCCAGAAGUGGUAAGCAAUGACCUUACAACACACCCCAUCCGGGUGCGGCGGCUUGCCCGCACUCCAUCGCCUUCCAGACCUCCACACGUGGUAAGCAACGAGACUGAGGAUGAGCCGGUCUGGACGCUCUACGGCCUUUUCCAACUCAGCAAUUACCUGGUCUGCAGCGACGGCACGACUCCGUCACCCAACAUCUGUGAGAUGGACUGCAACAACCUUGUUGAUGGAGACAUACACAACGACAUCAGCUGCGUGUUGGAGGUCAUCAGCCAACUUAUUGAAAAUGGUUUUGGGGCGGCCAACCGUGACGAGUUAAUAAGAAUGGUCAGGCUCAUCUUCCAGCCGGAGUGCAGCAAUAAAGCCUCCGACUACUUCGCUGAAUGCAUGUAGUGCCGUAACUAUCACUGGAAGGAUUACCCUAUACGAGUGGUGAUUGGCCAUCUAUGAGUGGUGAUUUAUGACAUAAAUAAAGUCAAGCAUGUUGCA